UAAGGUCAGUUCAAGAUGAUCUCGGGGAAGAAACAGAUUGGUUUACUGGUCUGGCUCAGUUCAUUGUAUUUUAUUGGUGUUUUGAUAUUUACAAAGGGAUUUUUGUUGAAAAGAACCGUUGUUGAGAAAAACAGUAGCUGUGAAGCGGACUUCACUUUGAGUACCGACGAUCACGAUGAAGAAGGUUGCUGGAUGCACAAACGAUUCAAGAAGGCAGUGAUCAUCAUCAUUGAUGCUUUGAAAUAUGAGUUUUUGGAAUUUGACCAUAGUUACAAAGCCACAGACAAAGUUCCUCACUUUAAAAAUAAAUUACCAUUUAUUGAAAAUUUGCUGCAGAAGAGCCCCAAGAAUGCCAUUCUGACAAAGUUCAUUGCAGAUCCACCAACAACAACCUUACAAAGACUGAAAGGCCUUACAACUGGAAGUUUGCCAACUUUUGUGGAUGCAGGUUCGAACUUUGCCAGUACUGAAAUCACAGAAGACAACGUCAUUGAUCAAAUGGUCAAGGCUGGACGAAGAUUGAAAUUUAUGGGAGAUGACACUUGGCUUGGUCUUUUUCCUGGUAGAUUCAAAAAACAGUUCCCCUUUCCAUCAUUCAAUGUUAAAGACUUGCACACAGUUGAUAAUGGAAUUUUAGAAAAUCUGCUUCCAGAACUGAAAAUGAAAGAUUGGGAUAUUUUGAUUGCUCAUUUUCUGGGCGUUGAUCAUUGUGGUCACAGGUUCGGACCAAACCAUCCUGCCAUGUCUGACAAACUUUUACAAAUGAACAGUAUGAUAAGAAAUGUAAGUAAGGUAUUAGAUAAAGAUACAGUAUUAAUGGUAUUGGGAGAUCAUGGUAUGACUAGAACAGGUGACCAUGGUGGAGACAGUGCAGAUGAACUAGAAGCUGGUUUGUUUAUAUACAGCCCUGAAACAUUAACAGCUACUUUACCAAAGAUGAAGAAGAGAGAAGUAGCUCAGACAGAUUUGGUACCAACUAUUUCUUUAUUAUUAGGUCUGCCAAUUCCUUACUCUAGUCUUGGCAUGAUAAUUCCAGAACUGUUCAAUCAUUGUCCUUGGUCUAAAACAGCUUCAAGUGAUAUCAGACAAAUAUAUCAUACUGUUAAAGCAUUACGAUUAAAUGCUCAUCAAGUUCGAGAGUUUUUGAGAAGUUAUUAUGAAAUUUCGCCUGAAUUUCCUCAUCAGAAAUACUCAGAGUUAGAGGCUUUGAUAGAGCAUGCUGAAGGAGAUUUACAACAGUUAUUAACAGCUAUGGUGACAGAAGGAGAGUCAGAUAAUGUGUACAAUAGACUCAAUAUACUGAAGGAUCAUUAUGAAACUUUUAUUCAAGAGGCUAGAAAUAUGUGUCAGAAGAUAUGGGCCAAGUUUGACUUGGUGGCCAUAUCAUUAGGUUUGAUAGUUGUUUUCCUGUGUAUUUUAAUCAAUGUUUACUUCUAUUUGGCCCAUCAAAACGAAGAAGAUCUUUCACCUAUUUCACUUGCUGCUAUUUUUGCCAGUACUGUUGUGAUCCUGUAUGCCUUCCUUCAAGCAUUUUAUAUUGGCGACUUUAUAAAUCCGUUUAUGGUAUAUUUAUUCAGUGGUGUAAUGAUAGUCACCUUCAGUAUCAUGAUCAAAAAGAAUCUAUCUGUGUGGAAACGAUCAAAACGGGACAAAAAUACUCUGAAUCUCCCUUCAUUUGAAAACUUCUUCGCAACAUGUUUAAUGUUUGUGUAUGCGUUUGGCUACUUCUCAAAUAGCUAUGUGGUCUUUGAGGAUUCUGUGACAGCCUUCUUAUCUGUAUCUUUAAUAUGGUUGUUUGGUAUUAAAGCCAUAAUUGUGAACAAUAACAUCACCAAAGAAUCCAAAAAUGAUUUAAGUAUUAGGCAGGUUGUGAAAAAUAGAAAACAGAAAUUUGAUAUACUUGAAAAAGUAACUCAACCAAACUCAAUAAUUAUAUUAGUGUUAUUGAUUUGUAGCACAAUGUUUAGAUUAUUGUCGAAUUUCACUGUGUGCCGUGAAGAACAGAUGCCUUGUAAUGAUACAAUAUUUCUUCAACCAUUGGCUAACUUCACCCAAGAAGAAUUCAAAUUGAAAAAUCUACGCUACUUUUUUUCUAUAGGAUGUCUAGCAGCUUUUGUGUAUCUAUCACGUAAAUGGAUGAAACAUUUUGGAAAUUUAAAUGGAGAAAGUCCGGUUGUCAUGUGUGCUAAAUAUUUAAUUCCUUUUGCUGCGACUUGUGUUGGGCUCCAUUGGGCCGUUAUAGCUUUACCUCCAGCAGUAUUAGAUGCCUUGCCAGGCUGGCAACAAGUUUUAAUGGCACAGUUAGCCUAUGUUUCUAUCAUUUCAUUGAUUAUAUGUGUCAUCGUCAGCCCAUUAAGUUUAUAUCUAGUGUAUGUUAAAAACAAUCGAAAUGUGACACUACCAAGUGUUGAUGGACCACAGUUUAUACCUCAAGUAUUUCGACAAUUAAAAGACAACCUGAAUAGUAAUAGCAAAGAGAAGCCACCUAUGAUAUAUGGGCUAGGAACGGUAUAUUCCUCCAGUUUAAUAUACCUAAUAACUGUUAUUGGUGUAUUGUUAUCAUUAUUAUUAGGAGAUGGCUUAUCACCAGUUUUAAUUCUUACAGCUUUAACAUUUUUAUGUUUCCUGGAAAUUUACUCAGCUGCAUUCACAGAUGAAGAUUCUGAAGUUAGCUGGCCAGCUGUAGUAACCAUAGGAAUGAUUACCUCUCAUGUCUUCUACUGCACUGGUCACCAGGCUACUAUAUCAUCUUUACAAUGGAACGCAGCAUUUACUGGUUUCUAUGGAAACUUUAAUAAUAAUGUGCUUCCUGCAAUUCUUAUGACAUUAAAUACAUUUAGUGCUCAGAUAUUUCUCGGUGUUAUGAUGCCUUUAUUGGUAUUCUGGCCAAAGCUUUACACCAAAUUAACUCUAAUGAUGAAAAAGAAAUCUCAAGAUAGAAAUGAAAGGUGGCAAGGUGAUUUUGUAUUUUACGAUGAUGGUGAAAAGUUGAGACAGAUAUUCUACAGACUGUGUUUAGCUAUUUUCAUCUUUACAAGUAUAAAGUUAUUUGGAUCAAUGGGUGCUGCCGCUCUUCACAGAAGACAUUUAAUGGUAUGGAAGAUAUUUGCUCCAAGAUUUGUGUUUGAAGCUGCUGGAUCAUUCAUUAUGUAUAUCAUUUCUAUCGUGAUGUACAUGUUCGUUAUGAGGAUUGAUGAUUGUUUAUCUAGAUUUCUUAAAGCUUUG